AUGAAUGGUCGUAAAAAAGGAAAGAAGGGAUCCCUUGCACUUAAAUUAGAUAUAAGUAAGGCUUAUGAUCGGGUUAAAUGGAAUUUCCUUCAAGGUAUUAUGAUUAAGAUGGGGUUUCCUGAGUUUUGGGUGGAUAGAGUGAUGUGUUGUGUUACUACAUCUACUUUUUCUAUUCUGAUUAAUGGGAAACCAUAUGGCCAUAUUACUCCAUCUAGAGGACUCCAUCAAGGAGAUCCUCUCUCACCUUAUUUUUUCCUAUUAUGUACAAAGGGCGUCACUUCACUUUUACAAAGAGCUGAAAAUGAAAGGAGAAUACAUGGAGUGUCUAUAUGUAGGCAAGCUCCAAGAAUUACUAACUUAUUGUUUGCAAAUGAUUCAGUGAUUUUUUAUCAAGCCAACCAACGUGAGGUUCAGGAGAUUGUUGAGAUUUUGCAGGUGUAUGCUGGAGCCUCCAGACAAUGUAUUAACAUGAAGAAAUCUUCUGUGUUCUUUAGUGGCAAUACUCCAAUGGAGCAAAAACACUAG